AUGCUGCUGCUGUGGAAAGAGAUGUUGAUGGAAAUGAGUGAUGGGACAACUGUACAAGAAUUCACCUUGGAGGGGUUUCCUACUGACCAGUACCUGGGAAAGGUCCUCUUUCUGGUGCACCUGCUGACAUACCUGGCAUCCAUUGCAGGCAAUGCGCUCAUAGUCACCAUCACCUGUUUUGACUCCUGGCUCCAGACACCUAUGUACUUUUUCCUCAGCAUUUUCUCCUUCUUUGAGUGUUGUUUCACAAGUGCUGUUAUUCCUAAAUUGUUGGUCUUUUUUUUUUUUAGGCAAACAAUUUCCUUUGCUGCCUGUCUCACACAAGCCUUUGUGUUAGUAUUUCUGGGAGCAGCAGGUUUCCUCCUCAUAGUAGUGAUAUCUCUGGAUGAAUACUUGGCCAUUUGCAAGCCUCUGCAUUACCCUAUCUUCACGAACCUGAAGACUUGUUUCCUCCUAUUCACAGCCUGCUGUGAUUUGGGCUUCACUCUCAUUUCUGGUUUGGUGGUAAAUGUGUCCCACGUAUCCUUCUGUGGCCCCCAUGUCACCCCUCACUUCUUCUGUGAUCUCGGCCCCCUGACCCAUCUCUCCUGUUCUGACACCAGAUCAGUUGAAAUGUUGAUCUUCAACCUUGCUUUGUUUGUCAUUUAGACAUCCCUUAUUAUAACCAUCAUUGCAUACAGCAACAUAGUAGUCACAAACAUGGAACUCCCGUCAGCCAAGGAGCGACAGAAAGCUUUCUCCACCUGCUCCUCUCACCUCAUUGUUCUCUCUAUGAUGUACGUCAGCUAUGUCGUUAUAUAUGUGAAACCAAAGCAAGUGAACAGGCUGGAUUCCAAUAAGGAGGCUGGCCUUGUGAACAUGGUGGUGACCCUGAUGCUGAACCCUGUCAUCUACACUCUACAGAACAAGCAGGUCCACCAGGCUCUGAGAAAGAUGAUGUGCAGAAUGAAAAUAUCAAGAUAA